AUGGGCGCCGCCAGGACGCCGCUCCUCGCGCUCGCCGUCGUUCUGCUCCUUGCCGCCGCCAUGACCGUCGGCGGCCACGAGCACGCGCUCACGCGCCUGGCUGAUGAUCCCACUGCUGAGCGACCGCACAAAAGCGUUGUUACCCCUAGGACACAGCAGCAGCUGAAGAAGUUCUUCAAGAACCACGCGUCGGACAUGGCCGAUCUCCUCCCUAGCCAGGGGCAGCAGGGCGGCGGCAGCUACGACGACGAUCAGAGCGAGCCGGGCAGUGGCCGGCAGGGCAGCAAGCUGGGCGACGGGAGCAACGGCGGUGGGCAGAGCCGGCAGGCCCCGGCCACCCACUCCAGCACGUACCUGUACUGCUACCCACUUAGAUUUGCUGCAUUUGUUGGAUCUGGAUGCUACUUUUGGUGCAUAGGCAGUGUUCGGCUGGCUGGUCAGCCGGUUUGCUCUGUUUUUUUUUCGUAG